AGGUGGGAAGGAUUCUUCAGGCGAGCGCUCGGCUCCGGGUGUUCGGUGCGCGGUGGGGCUGAAGCGGCAAUUUUGGGGGAGCGGGAUUUGGUAGGCGUUGGCAGACGGGGCCGGAUUCUGCACAUCGCCCGUGGAUCCCGCCCUGCAAUAAAUUGCUCUGGCUCAAAGAGAGACGGGGUGCAGGUUUGCCGGCAUCGCUUCGGUGGGAUGCUUGGGACUUCUUGAGCGCGCAAGCUGCCACGCAGGUGGUUUAUAUUAGUAACGGGCAAGUUAGUUAUAUCUCGAUGUGGGUGUUAACGUGUGGUUGAGGUAUUUUUUGGUUUUAAGGCGCAUAUUUACGUGCCGGCCGUGCAAAAGGGCACGGCGGAACUGCAGAGGGGGGCAUUGGCAGGCAGCCUGCCCGUGCCACCACGCUGGGUGGCAUGGAGUGGCCGGGGUCACCAUCCUGGCAUGGCACGUGCUCUACUGGGGUGUCCAGUUUGACCACCCACGGGUGCUGCCGGUCCCUGUUCCACGGGCUCAGGGAUGGCUGGAGGGGACCGGGGGCUCCCCGCCGCAUCGGUCCCUCGUGGAGGGACCACUCCGUCUAAGCUAGGAUGGCAUCCUCCAUCGGCUCUACGAUGCCGUCCCGAGGAUGCUGGGAUGCUCCUGGGUUUGCUGAGCCGCUGCCGUUCAAGGACCGUUGUGGGAUGCAGCCCGUGCCGGCGAGGGAUGCUCAGAGGUGCGAUACAGCGGUCCCAGGGGAAGGAUGGUGCAGGGGCGCAUCGUAACGCAAAGCAAGGCUAUUUUAAACAAUGCAGCGCCAGAGGAGGACUCUCCUCCCUAUGCCAUGCCUGCAAAAUUAUAUCAACAAAUCUACGGAGACAUUUAUCUUCUUUUUUGGGUUUGGUUUUUUUUUUGUUAUUGCAAAUCAGAAACAACCUAAAUCGCAAAGCCGUGUCCAGGAGGCUUUAACCUGAGCUCACGCCGCUGGAAUUCCCCGCUGCGCCUGGGAGAGGCUCCUCGCCUCCAAUCGCUUCCAGAUGCUGUUCCUGUUUCGUUUCUUCCCCUCGCAAAAUGUCUCCCCCAGCUCGCCGGCAGCCUCGCCGAAGUUUUCCCGGCCGGAUUCAAGAUCCCGAUAUCCGGCCGGGCUGACUCAGCCAAGCCUCAGUUUUUUUAACCAGAGAGUAAUGCCACUGGCGAGAGGUUACAACUCACCCUGUGGCCUUGCACAAGCCGGAGCUCCGGGUCAGAUCCUGUGUCAGCCUGGUUUUUGCUCUCUCCCCCCUCGGGAGGUAAUUUUAACCGAGGGAGACUGGCGCCGGCGAUGGAGCGCCGAUGGACGGACAGACGGACGGCUGCCUUGCUUCAGGGGAAGAGAGGAUGGCCUCGUAGAUCCCGCCGAGCUCCUGCCUGGACUGAGAGGACAGACCGAGCGAGAGGUUUCGGAGGAAGAAAAAAGUCGCCCCGCUUCCCCGGCCGGCGUUUGCGCGCGCAUUAAGCUUGCGGCAUCCCCCUUUCCCCGGGCCGGGAUGGUUGAAUCAAAGGCGUUGGAGGUUCCCCAAGUGACCAGCGGCAGCCGCGAUGAGAGCUCCGGCCCUCGCCUGAUGCCUCUCCUGCUGAUAAAAAUGAUCAACAAGUCUCGAGGGAAGAUACUCGGGGUGCUGGCGCUGUUUCUGGUGAUGGUUUGGUACUCGAUCUACCGGGAAGACAGGUACAUACAGCUCUUUUAUUUCCCCGUGCAAGAAAACAAGACGAUGUGUCCCCUCGGGGAGGUGGAAAAGAAAGCGGCGCAGCUCAUCGGGAACUACACGAGGGACCACCCGCUCUUCUUGCAGCUGAAGGACUAUUUUUGGGUGAAGACGCCGUCGCCCUAUGAGCUGCCCUACGGCACAAAAGGAAGCGAAGACGUCCUCCUGCGCUUGCUGUCGAUCACCCACUACUCGCUGCCUGAGAGCAUCCAGAGCCUGAAGUGCCGGAGGUGCGCGGUGGUGGGCAACGGCCACCGGCUCCGCAACAGCUCCAUGGGAGAGACCAUCAACACGUACGACGUUGUGAUCAGGUUGAACAACGCCCCGGUCCACGGUUAUGAGCAGGACGUGGGCUCCAAGACCACCAUGCGCCUCUUCUACCCGGAGUCGGCCCACUUCAACCCCAGGACGGAGAACAACCCCGACACGUUGCUGGUGCUGGUGCCCUUCAAACCCAUGGACUUCCAGUGGAUGGAGGCCAUCCUCAAUGACAAGAAGAGGGUUCGGAAAGGGUUUUGGAGACAGCCCCCGUUGAUCUGGGAUGCCAACCCGGAGCGAGUGCGCAUCCUCAACCCUUAUUACAUGGAAGUAACUGCUGCUAAACUGCUCAACCUCCCCAUGAAGCAACCACGGAAGGUCAAACAGAAGCCCACCACGGGGUUGUUGGCCAUCACCUUGGCGCUGCACUUCUGUGACCUGGUCCACAUCGCAGGCUUUGGCUACCCCGAUUCGGCCAACAAGAAGCAGACCAUUCACUACUACGAACAGAUCACGCUCAAGUCCAUGGCGGCGUCGGAGCACAACGUCUCGCACGAGGCGGUGGCCAUCAAGAGGAUGCUGGAGCUGGGUCUCGUCAAGAACCUCACCUACUUCUGAGGACGUGGGGGGCCGCGCAGGGACAGCGUCGUCGUCCCCCCCCCCCCAGGAGAGGGGGGAACACCACGUCGGCACGGCCGGAGCUGGCCGAGGGCAGAGCAUCCUCGUCGCCGCCGUCACCUCACCCUGGGACUCUUGGAGAG